CCUCUCGAUUCCAUUUUUUCUGGAAUCCUCCUCCCGCUGGGCUUCCGUGCGAUGUCCGUCGCCGUUGCCGCGCCGCCCGUCGAGCGGACCGCAGCCGCGAAGGACGAGUUGGCAGUGCAGGAGGCGGUUGCGGCGGCCGCGAAGGCCAGCCAGGCCCCGCUGUGCCCGCGUCGGCUGGUGCUCUUCUGCUGCAACCUCUUCGUAGGGCUCAUCGGGUCUCAGCUGAUCCCAGAGUGGAUGGGCGCCAUCACCUAUGGCACGUGGAAGGCGGUCGUCAAGGUGGUCACGAUGUUCUGUGUGUCCUAUAUCAUGAUCUACGUCGGAUUCGAGUUCGACGUCGACACGUCCCGCCUCAGCCAGUAUGGGCGCGAAUACCUGAUUGUCAUGUCGGCGGCGGGCAUCCCGUGAAUCUGCUGCGCUGUCUAUUUCAUGUACGCGCUGGGCCAGUUCGGCCUGCCUUGGCAGCAGGCGCUCAUUGCAGUAAGGUUCGCGGCGCCGACUUCGGCGGGCAUCCUCUUCACCAUGCUCGAGGCUGCUGGGAUGAAGGAGACUUGGAUAUUCCAGAAGCUUCGCAUCCUGGCCAUCUUCGACGACUUGGACACUCUCCUUCUCAUGGUCCCGCUGAAGGCCAUCUACAUCGGCCCGAAGUGGGAGCUUGCCGUCGAGCUUGUCUUCGUCGCUAUCAUCUGCAUUCUCAUGGCUCGCUUUAUGCACAAGCUGACGGUUCCCAUUUCGUGGCCAUAUCUUUGUCUCUAUGCGGCGGGGGUCACUUUGGUUUGUGAGAUGGUGCACUUCUUCACCCAUAGUCAGGCUGUCGAUCCCAACAACGUCGCCGAUACGAUCCAUUUUGAAGUGCUGUUGCCAGCAUUCACAGUAGGAUGUAUCACCAAGCAUGAGAACGCAGAGCACGACGGUCACGAUAUUCAUCAAAGGCCUGACAGUCUCUCGCUAAGGUGUCUCUGUUCCCCUGGCACUACUGGCACGGCGGACACAGUGACGAUGUGCAUCUCCGCCGUCUUUAUGGUCCUCGUUGGAGUCUCCAUGCCGCCACUGUUCAGCAGCUCCCUCGAGGACGACGGGCUCCGCCGUCUCGGUUCGGACGAGACCAUGGCGCCGCACCUCAUCGUGAUUCACGUCAUCGCCUGUUCGUUCCUCAUGAUCUUAGGCAAGAUGUUCCCUGCAGCAUGCUACAAGUCUGAAGUGAACCUGAAGACCCGAGUUGCCCUCGCCGUGGCGAUGAUGCCACGCGGGGAGGUGUCUGCGGGCAUCAUCGCCAAUGCCCUCGCUCUGGGCAUUACGGGCCCGCCCAUGGUCAUCGGUAUAGUCUGCCUCGCCCUCAACAUGAUGAUGGUAAGCGUGUUCAUCUGCACUGUGAAGACGCUCGCCAAGGAGACGGCGACGUUGGCGGACAGCCAGGCGGACGAGGGCGUCCCAGCCGUUUGCGCCUUUGGCGGCGCGGAGGACGCUGCCGUCCCCAGCUGCGGCCCGUCGCCGGUGGACCUGGAGAUCUGAGGGGGGUGCGCGCCGCCAUGCUUCGCGGGG